AUGUAUACGCGGCUGAUUUUAACCAAGUACCCGCUCCUGGGAUUGCUGUGGAUGAUUGCCGCCCUAUCGGGCUCCCGGAGCUCCGUGGCAGCUGCGGGGAGGAGCUGUGCCGACACCCGGCAGGUGUACGCGGAGAAGGGUUACAGCACCGGCACGGCACCGGUGACUCAAAUCUCUGGCGAGCACUUGAGGCUCUGUCCUCAGGACUACACCUGCUGCUCCAGUCAGAUGGAGGAAACACUUGCCCUUCAGAGUGAGCGGGACUUCCUGAAAUCUGUGGAGGAUCACAGCCAGUUCCUGUUAACCACCUUUACCCAGAGGCAAAGACGAUUUGACGAGUUCUUCAGGGAACUGAUAGACCUGUCUGAAAAGUCCAUGAACCAGAUGUUCACUAAGACCUAUGGACGCCUCUUCACGCAGAACUCUCACGUCUUCCAGGAACUGUUUGUGGAGCUGCGCAGAUAUUAUUCAGGGGGAAGUGUAAGUCUAGCAGAAGUUCUGUCGGACUUUUGGUCCAGAUUGGUAGAGCGGGUCUUCACUCUGGUCAACCCUCAGUAUCAGUUCAGUGAUGACUACCUGGAGUGCGUCAGUAAGCAUGCCGAACAGCUGCAACCAUUUGGAGACGUGCCUCGUAAACUGCGCGUUCAGGUAUCCAGAGCUUUCAUUGCUGCUAGGGCACUAUCACAGGGCUUGGCCGUUGGUCGCGACAUUGUCAACAAAGCCACAAAGAUGACACCAACCGCUGAGUGCGUGCGUGGCCUGAUGCGUCAAUGGUACUGUCCGCUGUGUCGAGGGAUACCCUCUCUGCGUCCAUGCCGCGCAUUCUGUCUUAACGUAAUGAAAGGCUGCUUAGCCAAUCAGGCCGACCUAGACACAGAGUGGGACUAUUUCAUCGAUGCCUUAUACCAGGUGGCCGAAAAGUUGGAGGGUCCGUUCAACAUGGAGCUAGCAGCUGACUCCAUUUCCGUCAAAGUGUCGGAAGCUAUAAUGCACAUGCAAGAACACAGUGUCACUAUCUCCACUAAGGUUUUCCAAGGUUGUGGAAACCCCAGACCUGUUCCAGCACGCUCCAAGCGUUCACCAAAAGAGUCAGGGGGCAAUAGGAGGCCUUUCCGCACGUACACCGCCGAGGAAAAACCAACCACAGCGGCAGGCACCAACUUGGACCGAUUGGUUACAGAACUGAAAGAGCGCCUGCGACCCAUGGGGAGUUUCUGGGUGUCCCUCCCACAUACCAUCUGCAACGAUGAAAAGAUGGCGGCCGACGUCACGAAUGAAGACCGCUGCUGGAAUGGGCAGAAUAGGGGCAGAUAUCUGCCAGAGGUGACAGGCGACGGGCUGGCCAGCCAGCUCAACAACCCUGAGGUGGAGGUCGACAUCGGGCGGCCUGACGUGAAAACCAGACAGCUAAUCAUGGAGCUUAGGGUGGUCACCAACAAACUGAGACACGCGCAGAGUGGACAGGACACGGACUUCAUGGACAGUGAAGAAGGCAGCGGUUCAGGUGACACCGACACAAGCGAGCGCUACAACGACGACUGGCCGGGAUACGGGCCUCACUCCUUGCCUCCUCGUAAGCCUGCGUCCAGCCCCGCAAAGCCUCCUCGGGUCCGAGAAAGAAAUGGGCACAAGGGCAACCGGAACCACGGUAGAGUUCCUUCUGCAGCAAUUCGGCUCACUUCCUCCCUGCUUGCUUCAUUAUUACCUUUUGUGCUCAUUAUGGCUUCACGUUGGAGAUAA